AUGGGAUCGCCAUUCCUCCUCCAACCCUCUCGCUCGCUGACGGAAGAAGCUAUGGCGGCUGCCGGCCAGUCCCAGGAUGACCUGAAGCGCAUCGCCGCCCUACCCGCCGUGGAGCUGGUGCGGUCCGGCAUGGUCCUUGGCCUCGGCACCGGCUCCACCGCCGCCCACGCCCUCGACCGCAUCGGCGACCUCCUGCGCGGCGGCAACCUCCGUGACAUCGUCGGCAUCCCCACUUUCGAAUGGGCCACUGCCCGCGCUGCGGCCGCCGGCAUCCCCCUCACCGAUCUUGCCGCGCACCCGGUGGUCGACCUGUCCAUCGACGGCGCGGACGAGGUCGACCCGGCGCUCAACCUUGUGAAGGGCCGCGGUGGCUCCCUCCUCCGGGAGAAGAUGGUGGAGGGCGCCAGCCGCCGCUUCGUCGUCAUCGUCGACGGCUCCAAGCUUGUUCCGCGCCUCGGAGGCAGCGGCCUCGCCAUCCCCGUGGAGGUCAUCCCCUUCGGCUGGGCCCUCACUCUCCGCCGACUACAGAACCUCUUCAACGGCACGCCCGGCUUCAACCUCAAGCUCCGUACGGCUUCAAUCAACGCCAAAGCUAGCGCCUUUACCGAAAAAGAAUCCGAAAUUGAGCCAUUUGUGAUGGAUAACAAGAACUACAUCGUGGACCUGUUCUUCGAGGAUGGAAUCCACGGAGAUCUACAGGCCAUCAGCGAUGACCUCCUGAGGAUCACCGGCGUGGUCGAGCACAGAAUGUUCCUUGGAUUGGCGACGUCCGUGAUCGUAGCCAGGAAGGAUGGGGUGGUGUUGAUGGACAAAGAGGCGAAGUCAAAUGGUUUCUGAGAGGCAUGUGAUCGAGUUCAAAGCUAAAUUAUGUGUUGUUUCAAACAUCAUAAAGAAACCAGUUUUGACAGUAUGGAAACAUCAACUGUCUCCAUUAAGCUUCGACUGCUAAUUCAGUGAUGGAUAAACAAUCAAGUUUCAGUAGAUUUAUUUUGGAUUA